AGGGGACGAACCGCUCCAGCCGAGUCCUUUGCCCGCAACGUUCAAGCGCAAAGCUCCGCCCUUCCAACUAAAGGACUGAGAGGGCAGUAUUUUAAUUUCGGCGAGCGGGCCGCCUCAUUGGUCGGGGAAGAAAAGGCGGGACGAAUUCUGUCCAAUAGAAGCGAACGAAGGAAUGAAGGGUAGGGCUUUAACCUGAAUGACAGCUCAGGAGAUAAACAAGUCCCUGCGCGAGACUUCUCCAUUAACCGAGCUCCUUAGCCCAGUUUCUCCCUCCAGAAGGCGGCAGCUGGUGGCGGGCCAAGGGAAUAAGCUCGUUUCCCGGUUUCUCUACUGAGCCAUCCGCGACUCGUUCACAACGUGAAGAGUCAGCAACUUCCCAGCACCCACUCAGCAAUAACCGAGGGAGCGCGCCGCAACGCGCAGGCGCUUGCUAGCUAAGGUAUUGCAAGAGACUCUGGGUCUUGUAGUUCCGGCAUUCCCAGUCUUCCCCAAGCGCCUGCGAAUUCGCGCCUCCAUCACUACUACCUGACCCAGAAGCCCUUGCGACUCUAACUCUUGGAAGCGGUGGUUGAAGCGGGUGGCGGCUGAGGGGACUCCCCCACAACCCCCCCCUCAAAAAAAAACCCAAAACAAGGAAAUGGUGCCCAGUAUGGUGGCCUCGUGCCCUUGCGCUUGAACGCCGCCGGUCCCGCCGCCGCUCCGCCGCCGCCUCACCCCGUUGUCCACCUCCCUCUCUUCCUUCUCUAGUCGCUCCUUCCAUGGGUGAAAGACAUGGACUACGAGUUCAAAUCCAAGCUGGCGGCCGAGCGCGAGCGGGUGGAGGAUCUGUUCGAGUACGAGGGCUGCAAAGUCGGGCGAGGCACCUACGGGCACGUCUACAAAGCGCGGCGCAAGGACGGAAAAGACGAAAAGGAAUAUGCACUGAAACAGAUUGAAGGCACAGGAAUAUCCAUGUCGGCAUGUAGAGAAAUAGCACUUUUGAGAGAACUGAAGCACCCUAAUGUGAUUGCAUUACAGAAGGUUUUCCUUUCUCAUAGUGAUAGAAAGGUGUGGCUGCUGUUUGAUUAUGCUGAACAUGAUUUGUGGCAUAUUAUCAAGUUUCACCGUGCCUCAAAAGCAAACAAAAAACCCAUGCAACUGCCAAGAUCUAUGGUCAAAUCACUACUUUAUCAGAUUCUUGAUGGAAUCCAUUAUCUCCAUGCAAACUGGGUGCUUCACAGAGACUUAAAACCAGCAAAUAUUCUAGUAAUGGGAGAAGGUCCUGAAAGAGGAAGAGUUAAAAUAGCUGAUAUGGGUUUUGCAAGGCUAUUCAAUUCUCCUCUCAAGCCGCUGGCAGACCUUGACCCAGUUGUGGUGACAUUUUGGUAUAGAGCUCCAGAAUUGUUACUUGGAGCACGGCACUACACAAAGGCAAUUGAUAUAUGGGCUAUUGGCUGUAUAUUUGCUGAGUUAUUGACUUCAGAACCUAUAUUUCACUGUCGUCAGGAAGACAUCAAAACAAGCAAUCCUUUUCAUCACGAUCAGCUUGAUCGCAUAUUUAGCGUCAUGGGAUUUCCUGCAGAUAAAGACUGGGAAGACAUUAGGAAAAUGCCAGAAUAUCCUACACUUCAAAAAGAUUUUAGAAGAACAACAUAUGCCAAUAGUAGCCUCCUCAAAUACAUGGAAAAACACAAAGUCAAGCCUGAUAGCAAAGUAUUCCUUUUGCUUCAAAAACUUCUGACUAUGGAUCCGACUAAAAGAAUUACCUCAGAGCAAGCUUUGCAGGAUCCUUACUUCCAGGAAGACCCAUUGCCUACAUCAGAUGUUUUUGCUGGUUGCCAGAUUCCAUACCCCAAACGAGAGUUUCUUAAUGAAGAUGAACCCGAGGAAAAGGGUGAUAAGAAUCAACAGCAGCAGAACCAACAUCAGCAACAAACAGGACCUCAGCAGCAACAGCAGCAGCAAGCAGCACCUCAGCAGCCGCAGCAACCACAGCCACAAGCAGCACCUCAACAGCAAAACAGCACCCAGACCAAUGGAACUGCGGGGGGUGGCGGGACAGGAGGUGGCGGGACUGGGGCAGGUCUCCAGCACAGCCAGGACUCCGGCCUCAACCAGGUGCCUCCAAACAAGAAACCACGCCUUGGGCCUUCAGGCACGAAUUCAGGCGGGCCUGUCAUGCCUUCAGACUAUCAACACUCCAGUUCACGCCUGAGUUACCAAAGCAACAUUCAGGGAUCUUCUCAGUCCCAGAAUACAAUGGGCUAUUCAACAUCAUCUCAGCAGAGUUCUCAGUACCAUCCGUCCCACCAAUCUCACCGGUACUAAAGAGACUUCAUAAAGGGUGUUAGAAAGGAAUGAACUAACAAUGAGUGGACUCCAGCAAUAUGAAGUUCAUAACCAUGAGAAGAACCAAAAAAUGCAAAUUGUGAUGCAGAUUUUAGAAUUGCAAACUUUUUAUUUACUAAUUAUUUUAAGACAAGAGACAGUUUUUAUCCUUUUUUGCCAUAAAGGAGAUUCUUGUGAAGUUUCCCUUCAGCUUGCUUUCGCAUGUGUUCCAUUGUGGUUACUCGAUCUGAUCUGAACCAAGCACUUAAACUUCUUUAGCCUAUGGAAUUGUUGAAGGAUUCCUGGUGCACCUUUCUCGUGUUGUAGUAAUUGCCAUAAAUCUAACCUUUUCCAAAUCCUUUUACCAGGAUUUUAAAUUUUUGGAAUCUUGAACUCCUGGGCUUUUCAAGCUUGUAUAUAGUUAAUUUUUUUACUAGGCAGACCAGUUUAGCUAUACAGGUAUAAUGCACCUUUUAAAAGCACUAUGUUAUUUUCACAGGAUAUUACUCUUUUGCUCAUGGAUGUCAAGAACAGCAGAUUUUACUAUUCCAGAGUAUUUUAUUAUCUUUUUAGUAGUCUAGUUUUCAGAUGAGAUAUUUAAAAAAAAAAGAAGAAAAGAAAAAUAUACAACCCAAGUCUCUGCAGCAGCUAUUACAUGUUAUGUGUUUGGAUUGAACACCAAACAGAAGAUUAUGAAUGUUUCUUUUAUCAUUCAGAUGAGCAUCCCAUAGAUGAUUGGUCAUUUUCUUCCAAGUGAAUUGACUGAAGCUUUGCUUUAUUUUAAGGUAUGGAAGCAAAGCAGAAGACAUCAACUUUUGUGGCUCCAGUAGAACAAAUUUGUCUAUAGUGUCUUCUUUAGUGGUUAUCUGUUACCUGCAGUGGUGUCUUUGCUCUGUGUUGAAUCUCUACAGUUGGGGUUCAGCAUCAAUGGGAUAAAGGGCAAAGAAGGCUUUGCCACUCCUUUGGGGAGGCCGGGUAGAGGGACAAAGUGUACUCUAAUAUAUAUGUGCAUCCUUCAUUUGUUUCUUACCUAGACUUUGAUUGAAUUUUGAUUUUGAAACUUGCAGCAAAAACAAACAAAAUGUGCUGUGGCACCUUAAAAGACUAAUAAUUUUGUUCUUGCAUUAGUAUCUGCCUAGUUGCAGAAGACUUGCAAUCAUGAACCUUGAGAAGCCAUUAUUGAUGUUGCUGUUAUUCCUUCAUUAUCCAGUUGAAGCAGAUCAAAUACUGAAAAGGAGUAGUUGAACAAUGUAUUGAAGUUGCUUGGCCUUCUCAUGUACAAUACACAUCUGAUGUUGUUGUGUCACUGCAGUGAUUGAUCCAGAUUAGAUGUGAUAGAUAAGAUAUACUAUACUGAAAUGUUUUUUAAUCCUAAAACAGGAAUAGACUCCAUGCUAUCCUUCCAGUGUUUUGGACUAUAAUCCUUGCCAUUGGCUGUGCUAGCUAAAGCUGAUUAAGAAUGAAGGUUCAGGACACCUGAAGGAGGGCACUAGGUUGCCUGUCUCUGCCCUAAGAUUUGACACAAAGUGUCCUGAAGAAAUAUUGUGAUCCUGGACAAGCACUUCACAUGAAAAAUAACAAAGCUUAUGAACAGAUCCUAUAUGUUGGAGACUUGUUGUCUAAUUACUAGUUAUAGUAUCUGUGAACAGAAGAACAUAGACUAUGAAGCAACUCCUCCCUCCCCUCUAUUUUUAAAAGAACUACAUAAAUAAGGUAGUGCGCUUUAUUCAGAAAUUUAGAAUUCAUCGUUGAAUUCACCAUAUUCUGACUUUUUUCCUUUUUUAAACUAGAUUUUCUGUCUUUCUACGUAUGAAGAUAACUUAAACUAAGCAUUUCUUAGUUAACGUUUUAUAAUGUGAAGGAAUGCAACUGAAUAGGGUUUUCCAGGGGCAAUCACUAUUACUUCCCUACGACUACUAAAAGUGGAAUAAUUAGAUAUCAGUGCAAAUUUGUGUUGUUUGUACAAAUUGUAGAAUUCAAUUUCCUUGUGUGGAAUUUGGCUCAUCAUGGUGCGGAAGCUUUUUAAACAUACAAGGCCCUAACUUUAUUGCACUAAAUGUAAAAGGAUAUAUACUUUAGAGUAUAUACAAUAAGCAGCACUCAGUAUUUUAAAAAUAAUUAUUAAAAAAGAGAGAUGGAGGAAGAAACCAGGUUAUAUAGGCAUUUUAUGGGCAUUUACACUAUACAGCAUAAGCUUAUGCCUCAUGGCUUUUUUCUUCUUAUAUAUAAGAACUCCUUAACAAAAGUUAAAACUUUAUACUAAGACUGCAAUAUAAAUUUGUGUUGAGUAUGUUUGCCGCCUUGAGUUAUUUGUAAAAAUAAUAAAGGCGGGAUAUAAAUAAACAAAUAAUAAUAAAAAAAAUUAGACAGUGGAUCCAGUCGCUUGGAAGGGAAAAUUUGAGUGUAAUAGAGGUGUCUGAUUCAUGAAAUAACAAGUAAUUUAUGUGAGAAGAAAUAUAACUGGAUCUUUCUCCCCCGAAAAACUUUAUUUUUUGUAAUAUUUUGUGCAUCAUGAGUCUAAAUUAGUUUUGUUGGAUGGAGUUUGCGUCUUCCAUACAAAUCUUCAGUGAUAACAUUCCUUUUCUUUCAUACGUCUCAAAUUUUAUCUGUCUUACUGCAUUCAAGCUAAUAUCUGGUCAGCAGCUGAGAAGGUUAUUAAAUUUCAUUUUGACCAGCUAUGAGCAACCCCUUUUCUUUUUGCUACUCCAGCCUUCUUCUUGUUGCAAUUGCAACUAUUGUGAGCUCUGUCAAAAUAUAGCUUCCUCUGUGCAUGCAGUGUGAUAACCUGUGUUGAAUGUGCUUUAUUUCCAUGAGCUUCCGAUCCCCUUGAAUAUGGCCAUGAUUAUACUCUGUAUUGAUAUAUUUGCAUAUUUGCUGGAAAAUAAUGGCUUGCUGUGCUCCAUUUCCCUGCAGCGUCUGUGCAUACAUAUGUAGCUGUGCUCAAUACUUCAUGGCCUUCCAAAUAAGCAUUGACGGGGGAAUAGAUGAAAGUAUAGGUUUACACUUUUGAAAUGUUUACUGCACUCAUUCUCUAUUUGUAUCUUGGCUUUGCGGCAUACUUGGCCUAUAGGGGUGAACUAUUUGUGUAUAAUAUGAUGAGUGUCUCAUGUAUUGCAGGGCUAAAGUGAGAUAGCUUUGUUUCAGGGGAAUUUAACAAAUCAAAAUACAUUGUAUAAUAAAUCAUGUAUGUUAUGGAAACAGGACACAGAAAUGUUCAUAACUGUGCAGCUUUGCUUUAAACCUAGCGUUUUCAUGUUGCUCUCUCAUUGGCUCUUGAAAGUGGACGUCAAGCAAUUGACCAGUUUUGCUACUACAUUCUGCAGUGCUCCUCUUCUCUGGUUUUCAAAGAAAAGGGCCAAGAAAAUUUGAUUAGCAAAGCAGGGAUGACGUGAACGGUAACACAGACUGCGUAAUGAAGGAAGAAUCAUGUGAAACCUGCAAGUCCUGCACUGUAUCUGUGACACUGUAUCUGGUUGGGUGGGAGUCGGGUGGGGAGGUUGGGAGGACAUCUUGUUGUUAGGGAAGUGGAAGCUUGAAGUAUUUGAUUAUGUAUAAUAUUUUAUAUAAACGUAAUAAGCUUAGUUCCCCUUCAUAAUCUUCAUUGAUGGUACUUAAGCAACAUUAAGUAAAGAUAACUGUUUUAAGACAAAAAUAAACAUACUGUAUAUAAGAUCAUGUGUAAUCUUUGUUUUGCCAGCAGAGUAAUAUGUAUUGCUUUAUGAGGGGGGAGUCUUUUAAUGCACUGUUAUCUCCUACGUAUUUAGUAGUAAAUUAAUUAUAUUUAAUUUUUUUUCCAAAAAAAUAUCUGUCUUCAGUAGACACUAAAAAGUAUUACAUAAUGAGGACUGAAAGUGUCCCCUUUGAACAGCAGUUUAAUAAUUUUUAUAUCUGUAAGUAGUUUGUCUUUUUGUUUGUUUUAUUUGCUCAUGUAUUACUAUUUGUGGAAGAUCGCCUGCCUUUAAUUCUCUUUUAUACAUUACUUCACAUAUUCAUCUUCAGUUUUUGCAUUUGUUUUUAUUAUAUCCUUGUGUGUCCUCUUUAAUGUCUCUUUAGUUCAGUAAUAAUCCAUGAUUACCAAUAUAGUUUUUGCCUAUUGAAGAUGGAUGGAUAGACAGACAGACAGACAGUUGCAGUAGAUAUUUCAAUUUCCCCAGUGCAGAAUUGCAUUUUCGUUGUUAAUAUUCCAUGGUAUAUUUACACUUAAAUGGAAAUGAUUACAUCAUUAUAUUUUACAUCAGUAAAGUAUUAUUAUGCAACCCUUUUUUCUCAUUUCUUUGUGUCCCCCAAUCUUUAGAAGGUGCCCCAAUCACUCCACAGGAAGAGAAAAUUAGUGCUGUUGGUGGAAACAAUUUCAUCAGAGGACAGAUGUAGAGGGAUAUAACUGUUUGUAUGAGUCUAUGUAUUAACUUCUUAAAAAACAUCUCCAAGCUCCCUGUUUAAUGUACCCCUGCUACUAACUUUAAUCAUUGGAGGUUUUUUUACCCACUCUCAGCAAUAUUGAUCUCAAUUGACUUUCUUAUUGAUAAGUAAGAAGAAGAGUAAGCUAGUUACUUAGGAACUGUCCAAUAUAAUUUCCAAACUUGGCCUUGCUUAAAUAGUGCAGAUGAAAGGUGAGUAGAGAUAUGUAUACAGGGAAUUUAUUUCCUAAUAUCCCCAGGUCAAUUUACCUUCCCUGGCUCUGUUUAAUAAUUGGCUUAAAAUUUAGAACUGUUGUACUGGGCAUUUGCAACUAAGAGAAUCCAACAAACUUUGCCCUCAUUAAAUAUUUGUGCUUUUUAAAAUGUCUUUACAUUGCUCUCGAUAGAUUGUUUAAAACUAUGUUUUCAUUCAUUACAUCUGCAGUAUUUUAAUUUUUGUUGUAAUUAUUUUGAAUUGCUUCCGUGUGGAUUUUUUAAAAUAAAAUAAUAUACAUUUGUCAUAAUAAAAAGUUUGAAGUCAA